CUGACAAAUCCAUCAUGUAGCCUCUAUAGUAUGGUUGACGUCCAGUCGGUCAAUCGAGUCGGGGCAUCAAAGAACAUCAAAUUUCAAAACAUUUCAACGUCACGGUUCGGCUCCGGGUGGAAACACGGCUUCGUUUGGUCCCUAAAAUCACGAAAGGAAACGUCGGAACCGUCUGAAAUUAUUCUCGAGGUAUUCCCGAGCCUUAUAACAGAUAAAUACCGCCCCGUUGUCCGCGAACUAACGAACUGUGUCCUGUCGUUCCUGGCAACCAGCAGAAAUUUCGAUCGACUUCCGCCAUGAUGGAUGGCUGUACUGCGCAUGCGUCACUCACGGACCACAACGAGGCUACCAACAUGUCGGGCAGAGAAGGAGGCAAGAAGAAACCGCUGAAGCAGCCUAAGAAGGGACCGAAGGACCUGGACGAUGAGGACAUUGCAUUCAAACAGAAGCAGAAGGAGGACCAGAAAAAGCUGGCAGAAAUGAAGCAGAAGGCAGCAGGAAAGGGACCUCUGGGUGGAAGCGGCAUCAAGAAAUCUGGCAAAAAAUAACACCAGCUUUACCUCCUGCCGGACACUCGUUCAAAUUGCUUGUACCUCAAAUCCAGUUUCUCCCAACCCUGUGAUGCAUAACUUACCCCAUUGACAUGCUGCCUUCUCUACUCCUAAUGCAUUAGUUGGGUCUGGAGGUGGCAAGAAGAAGAAAUAGGCUUUAGAUCAGUCUAACCACACCAUGAGGACAUCAUAGCUAAGCAUCCAGACUUCAAUAAUCAAACUGUAUUCCACAGUACACAGUAACAUCACUUGUGUAUACCACUUAAUUCAUCAAGACAUAAUCUAUGUACACCUUGAUACAUCAUGUACUGUCUUACCCUAUGGUGACUGACUGAACCAAGUUGUAAAAUGCUACCAAUUGUUUUUGCCCAUUGUUCUGAACUGUUCCCUUGCUUCCAAUAAAAGCAAGUUUCUUUUUACUCA